AGCAACAAACACCUUCAAUCACAAGAGACUCAGUCCCAUUACCCGUCCACGUGGGAAUAUUUACUCUUUCAUUCUCCAUAAAACAUCAUAUUUAAAUAGACGUUCUAGUUGUUAUUGAUGUUAUUUUCACAUGAAUAAGCCACGUGGGAAUUAUCUCUCAUUGUGAUUUAGUAAACUGUACACAACAGUGAAAUGAUGUUUGUGAGUUUUUAUUAUAAUAAGAAGAAAAGUUUGAGGGUCAGGCGGUAGUGAAAGAUUUCGGACAAAACGACAGGCACAAGUUGUCUCAUACUAUUUGACACCGAGCUCUUCAAAGGUGUCACAACAUUUUUACAAUUGUCCACUCCGAGCACUUGCAUAUUAAGUGGCAGAAUAUAAUUAAAAGACAUUAGAGUUCUGGAGAAAUUUCAAACAUGGAUACCAUACUGGAGAAAAUGGAAAAGCUCAAUUUGAGAUUGCCGAGCUGUCCUCGGAAAACUCCUCAACCUGUGAAAGAUUUUGUCGUACACUGCCAGACAAUGCCGUCGAGAGUGAAGAAAUCGUUUUGCGGUUGUCUCCAGGAUGACGAACCGCCGGAGAUUACCUACUGUGUGGUGGAACAAACGGGUACGCUCACGCUUCAGGCGAUGACACCAACUCUACCAAUGCCAGCUGAAGAAGAAUUGAAUAAAAUGUUUUUGGAACUCGUUGAUGAGCUCGACCUUACGCAGGCAAAUCGCCAAGCAGUUUUAGCACUUCCAGCUAAUAAGAAAUGGCAGAUUUAUUGCUCGAGAAAAGGAAAUGACAGUUUGGAUAAUGGAGGGCUGCGAACUACAGAUCUCAGUGGCGAUCCUGAGGAUUAUAUUAACAGAGUACGAGUGAUAGCAAGUACACCUUUCUCGGAGGACACCGAAGAACUAGCAAACCAAAUGCGGCAAGUGGAAGCUCUGAAAACGGCUCUCAGGACGCAGCCCCAUAGUUUUGUCCUGAGAUUCAUUGAAUUGGACGGUUUGAAUGCACUUCUUCAGGUCUUAGGGACUAUUGAUGUUGAAGCUACCCACAAUAAUCUGCACACGAGUGUCAUUGGAUGUCUGAAGGCUCUGAUGAAUAAUUCGAAUGGACGAGCACAUGUACUGGCUCAUCUAACAGCGAUAAAUACUAUUUCUCAGUCGCUGGCGACUGAAAAUAUCAAGGCGAAAAUAUCCGUAUUGGAAAUAUUAGGCGCUGUCUGCCUAGUGCCUGGUGGUCAUCGUAAAGUUCUAGAAGCAAUGUUACAUUUUCAACAGUAUCACUCAGAGAGAGCACGAUUUCAAAGCAUAAUUAAUGAUUUAGACAAGAAUUUUGGAAUUUACAAGGACAAUUUGUCCUUGAAAACUGCCAUCAUGUCAUUUAUAAAUGCAGUUCUAAAUUACGGGCCAGGACAGGUGACAUUAGAAUUUCGACUUCAUCUUAGAUAUGAACUAUUGAUGCUCGGUAUUCAACCGAUUAUUGAAAAACUUCGAAAAUACGAGAACGAGACACUGGAUAGACAUUUGGAUUUCUUUGAAAUGGUGAGGAAUGAGGAUGAAAAGGAAUUGGCAAGAAAGUUCGAGAAGGAGCACGUUGAUACAAAGAGCGCAACGGCAAUGUUCGAUUUGUUAAGGAGAAAGCUCAGCCAUACAGCAGCUUAUACGCAUUUUCUCAGUUUACUUGAACACUGUCUGUUACUCCCGCUCGAUUAUGGUUCUCAUCCACAGCACUGGCUGCUCUUUGAUCGUAUCAUUCAGCAAAUUAUAUUACAAUCCGAAAGUAAUGAGCCAGGUGCAACAAAAAAUCCGGACGUUGCUCCCAUUGAUAUUAAUGUUAAAGAACUAGUCCAUUUACUGGCUAAAGAAGAAGAACUCGUGGCGGCUAGAAAAAGAGCUGACGAACUAGAACGGGAGAAUACCGAUAUGUCAACGAAAUUGGCGAAGAAAGAGCAGGAAUUGGAUCUGAGGACGCAGGAAAAGGAGGACAUUGAAGCGAGUCUGGCUAGAAUUAAAGAACGUCUCGAAAAAGAAACUUCGAUGCACAUUGAAACGAAACAACGAAUCUCCGAACUUCAGGAUAAUAUUGAGAUACUUUCACGGCAAAUAAACAAUGAGAAAUUGGAGAGAAAGAGGCUGGAGCAAUUGGUAGCGUCUGGUAGCUUGCCAGAUGAUGCCAAGGCAACAAUAAAAAUUGUUGACGACGAAGUCGUUGAGAGAGUUGAGGCGAAACCAACACCACCACCACCGCCACCUCCACCACUUGCACCGCCUCCUCCACCGUGUUUAAUGCCCGCAGCACCGCCACCGAUGAAAGUUGAGAUUAUAAAGAAUGUACCGCAACCGAGUAAUCCCCUCAAAUCAUUCAAUUGGUCAAAAAUUCCAGAGCAGAAGUUGCAAGGCACCAUUUGGUCCGAAUUGGAUGAUUCAAAACUAUAUCACGUUAUGGAUUUGGAAUCGAUAGAUAAAAUAUUCUGCGCUUAUCAGAAAAAUGGGGUACCCACUGAAGGAUCCAUCGAAGAUCUCCGCAAUUUGGGAAAGAAUAAGAGAAACAUGGCGGUUAUUGACUCUAGGCGGGCGCAAAAUUGCACGAUUUUACUAUCAAAAUUGAAAAUGUCGGAUAAUGAAAUUACACGGACCAUUCUGUCGAUGGACCAGCAAAAUAUCCUUCAUAUUGAUAUGGUGGAGCAACUGUUGAAGUACAUACCGUCCUCGGAAGAGGCUGCUUUGCUUGAUAUGAAUCACAAAGAUCUUCAAAGCAGGGCUGACUGCUUCCUUUAUCAAAUUUCAAAGGUGCCACAUUACGAGCAACGUCUCAGAUCGCUGCAUUACAAGAAGAAAUUCUCGGCAAGCAUUGCAGAGUUAACACCAAGGAUGAGAGCGGUACUUGAAGCAAGUAGGCAGGUUGCGAGAUCUCGAAGACUGAGGAAGUUACUCGAACUGGUUCUUGCACUCGGAAAUUACGUCAAUCGGGGAAAUGCCCGAGGCAAUGCAUGUGGCUUUCGUUUGGCCUCGUUGAAUCGGCUCGUCGACACAAAAUCUUCAUGUUCCAAAGGCACUACUUUGCUGCAUUAUCUUGUGCAAAUGUUGGAAACGCGAUUCCGGGAAGUUUUGGAUAUUGAAGAGGACAUGCCGCAUGUUAGAACAGCGGCUAGAGUCAGUAUGGCUGAUCUUCAAAAGGAAGUUGCUAAUUUGAAAAAUGGCCUGCAAGAUGUUCAACGUGAAAUCGAAUUCCAUAGAGGGCAAGUACAAGUACUGCAGGGUGAUAUGUUUUUGCCAGCUAUGAGGGAUUUCCAAGCACAAGCCACUUGCAGAUUAGCAGAAGCUGAAGAUCUCUUCCAGGAUAUGAAGACCCGAUUUGACAGAGCAGUUAGAUUAUUCGGCGAAGAUUCUGCGGGUAUCCAACCUGAUGAAUUUUUUGGUAUUUUCGAAAAUUUCUUACAGGCCCUCGCAGAAGCUAGAUCAGAUGUUGAAAAUAUGAGGAAAAAAGUUGAGGAAGAGGAACGAAGAGUUAAACAAGAACAAGAGUUAAAGAAACGAACGAUGGAGAGGAAAAAUUCGCGUGAAGGAAUUUUGAAUAGUAUCGCUUUGAAUAAGAAAAAUGAAGUCAAUGCCAACGGCUCUGGGGAUAAUAAAGGAGAAUUCGAUGAUCUCAUUUCAGCGCUACGAACUGGCGAUGUAUUUGGUGAAGAUAUUGCUAAAUUCAAACGUUCCAAACGUCGUCCAGUUACCCCGAGUGGUCAAGAACCUCGUCGUCAUAGUAUUCAUCGUGAAGACUCACGAGAACGCCACUAGAUGGCCCCAUCUCCUUGAUAUCUAUGGUAAUCGGUACAUUAUUUACCUGUCUCCUCAUCAGUUAAAAAUCUCUCGAAAUUUUCGCCAAACAAAAAAGUCAUCUGAAUUUUACGUUAGACAAGUUCAAAUUAAAUUUCAAUUUAAAAGGGCCAUUAAAUUUUCUUCAUUUAUUUUAAAAAUUGCAAAGAUUUAGGUUUUACGUGUUAAAUAACAAAUGAUUUUUCAAUGAAAACGCGAAUUUUCAUAAGCAUUUUGGAAAUUAUUGUUUGACCUUUCAAUUGUUUCACAGUUUUUCAGUGCACGAUUUUUUAUAUGGAUUUGAAAAUAGAGAAUUACCACAAUAUUCGAGAAAUUAACUAACUGAUUCAUCGAAGCAGAAUUGGCCAGAAAUUCCACCUUAUUUGUCGUUAAAAAUUUCAAGUUUUUUUAAUUGAAAAUUCACGUAUAGCUUUCCAACAAUGUAAUUGGAUCUGGUAUAUUUUAUAUUUAAUUCAAGGGACCAUGUAACUUUAACGGUAUCAUCAGAGUAUAAAAUUUGAAUUCCAUUUUUUCUAGGGUGAAGUGUUUACUUUUUCCACCAAAAUUGUUAUACCCUGCGUAAGGGCGUUAUAAGGCGUUUAAGAAUUUGAUUUUUCAGAAAUAAACAUUUCGCCGCAAGAAAAAAUUAGAUUGAAAUAUUAUACUCUAAUGGUAACCUUCGUUGGAGUGAUCAUCACUAAGGAAAAUUUCAAAUUCAAUUUUUUCUUAGGGUGAACGGUUUAUUUUGAGAAAAGUAAAUUAUUACGCCAUGUUUAACAUAAUGAUAGAGUGUUCCAGAAUUUCAUUUUUCAGGAAUAAACGUUUUACCCUAAGAUAGAAUUGAAUUAAAAUUUUCUACGCUGAUGGUAACCGGCAUCGAAAUUACAUGGUAUAUCUUUCAUGUUGUAGAAUUAUAUAUUUCCCUCUGGACGGAGGCAAUUAUUCAGUAAAAAUUACGGAACGAUUUACGUAAUUCAAAGAAAGGAAUUGUUUUCUGUCAGUUUUAUAGGCAUGGUAGAAUAUAAAUCUGAAACGUUCAGUAAUUUUUCAAGUCCAUACUGAAAAACGGACGAAAUUGUCACAUAAUUUUGGCCGCACAAUUAAAAUCUCAUAGAAAAUUCUAGAUUUAUUCAUUACAGUUUGAAAUGUUAUUUCCACUUUAUUUUUCCGGUAAUUCUAAUCGAAUUUUUCUGUUCGUGUGGAGGAUGGGUAGAAAACCCAAUUUAUCGCGUAAUGUCAAAACUUGUUUGCGAUCGGGGUGGCUGAUUGAGGAUAGACUGUGAGAUAUAGACCUGAAAAAUAUUCUUGUUUGAACGAUUGAAAAUCUCGGGCUACAACAACAUACGAUUUAUAUCGUAUCGUCCGGAUACGGUUAUCUAUGAUAAGUAGGUAAUAAAGUCAUAUAUUCUAGAGUCGUUGUCAAGAUUUUUCAUAAUUAAAACUGGAAAGUUUUUUAUCCAGGUCUGAUAUUUAUGUGGCAAAUAUUUGAAAUGUGAUUGAUUGGAAAAAUGAACAUAUCGAGAUUCAUUACCAUCUGAAUUAUUACCGUAUUGAAAUUUUCAAUUCAAUACAAAAGGAAUGGAAAUGUAAGAGAAUGCGGAAGAGAUUGUUUUUUAGAAAUGAUAAUAAAAUAUAAACUCAUGUAAGAAUAUAGAUAUACUAUAAUAGUUUAGAUAUAUGUAUAGAAAGAAGAAAAGUUUAAUCCAAGAGUCUGUAUGAAAUAUGUGACAGGGCUGCAUUCAUUCAUUGAUAAUGUAUAUAAAAUCAUGAAUAUAUUUAUUCCUUUUUUCAUUAUCCAUGUCAUUCAUUAGUCAUUUUAGCGUCGGGGUAAGAAGUUUUCAUGGAUGUAAGGAUUGUAUUUUAUGUCAAUUUUAAUGAAAUUUUUUGUACUGUUUUAUAUUGGACCAAUAUUCAACGGCUUCGGAUACUUUUCAUGAAGUCUCAUAAGUUCAUUGUUUACCACAAUAAAGGCCUACAUGAAGUGAUAACUCGAAUGUUGUCUUGAAAUAUACAAAGUCUGACUUUUUUUACUUCCACAAAAAAUGACAAUUGAGCAAAAACAAAAGUAGCUAAUGAGCCAAUUUUUUUGGUAAUUUUUCAGAUUUGAAGAACCGUAUAAAUCGAGCUCACACUACUAUAGAUUGAUGUGUAGGUAUCAAUAGGUAAAAGCUUUUGUACUUUUGUAAAUAUUUAAUAAUGGUUCAAUCGAUAUUCCAUUUGAAUACAUGAAAAUGUUCAGCUUAAUAUAUUGUUCUUUAUUAUUAGGAUCAUAUGUAACGAAUGCAGUGAAGGGGCAUAAAUAAAUAAAAAAAUACAAAAUCA